AAAAAGUGCCAUCACAUAACUGGUUAAGAUAAGAUACAGAUGCACAAGAACAGCCACACACACUUUCUAUUAUUCAACCGCUUGAGGAGCCAGUGAAGCUUUGCAGAGAGCAAGAAAAUGAUAAUUUUUACGCUAAAAUCCCAAUUUCACCUCAUAGGAUACACAAAUCUCACUAACCCAGCUCCAAAAUCCCCAGUUCUCAUUCCCAUCAAAACCAAAUCCAAUCUGAAAUAUCCAACAAUACCUUCAAAAUCAACUGUCCCAAGAAAAUUAGGACAAUACCCACAAAAAUUAACCAAAUCCAUCAUUUCAGAAGACAAGGGCCUCUCUCAUCAGAUUUCUCCAAAUGGGAAUUUCAGGUUUGUGGUUGUAGGAGCUGUUUCUGUAGGGUUAUUCUUGUUUUUGAUGGGUUUUGAUGAGCACAAGGCACUGGCUUUUGGACCUGAAGGGCCACUAGUGGAAGAAUUUUGGGAGAAUGUAAGAAGAUAUGCACUUUAUGCACUAACAGUAAGUACAGGCGCUCUUUAUACCAUUUUGCAGCCUAUAGUUGAAUUGCUUAAGAACCCUAUUUCUGCUGUUCUAGUUAUUCUUAUUUUUGGGGGUAGCUUUUACAUUGUUUCUCAGGUGCUCUCUGCUAUGGUUGGUGUUACUGAGUUCACUUAUGAUUAUGGAUAUUAGAUUUCCUGUUUACUUGUUUUUCCUCUUUCUUUUUCUUUACUGUUCUUUUCUUAAAUUGCAAAUAAGAGGCAUACAUUCUCUUUUUCCCAA